UUUGGUUUGCCAAUAAUGUAUCAUCAAGCUAAAACAUUUUUAUCUCGAAAUGGAGAACCAAGCCUUGCUUCAACAAAUUGCCGCCAUGAGGAAAUCUUUCUUUGAUGAGGGAACUCUCGACUCGUUUUUUGUUCAACUGGAACAACUCCAAGGCCCUGAUGAUCCAAAUUUCGUGGAGGAAAUACUGACUUUGUUCUUCUCAGACUCCAUGGAUAUGCUAGCUACUGUAGAGGAGAAACUGACGAAGAGCCCUGUCGAUUUCACUGGAAUUAACAAGAUACUUCAUCAGCUGAAGGUCAACAGCGCGAGCAUUGGAGCUAAAAAGGUUAAGGACAAAGUGAUUGCAAUGAGGAACAAUAGCAAGGAACAUAAUGUGGAAGGUAUCAGAGUCUCCCUGCAAGAGCUGAGGAUGGAAUAUGAGACCCUGAAAGGGAAGUUUGAGCCCUAUUUUGAGCUGCUGAAACAAGCUGGCCCUCAAGAGGGAGAAGCACUGCCUUCACUGUACGGCGGUCGUUUCUAGAAGGCGACAAAAUGGCUUGGAUGGUGGCCAACAAUUGCUCUAUCUGCAAAUUAAUCCACCAUUUCUAUGUUUUAAGUUGCAGUAAAAUAAAUUCCCAGGAAACUGUGUGUUUUUUACAUUAGUACCCUUUUGCCUGAGUUUGUUUCCUCUGGGAAAUUAGACUUUUUAUUUUGCAUUUUCCUUUGUUGUAUUCAAUAAUCCAUAAGGAGCAUCCUCCUUAUAUGAACUUUCAAUUUUCAUAUGAAACUGAGUUUGUUUUUGCUAUAA